AUGAAUAGACUGACAUCUGAUCCGAAAUUAGAACUCUGCCUGGACUUUACCUCCAACAUUUAUCAGGUUAUCUGUGCUCGACUUCUUAAUCAGAACAACAACAAUGCUCAAGUUGUCGAAAAUUUGCAGGCUGCGUGGCUAAUCACCAACAACACCCAUGAAGUCCAGUGGCAGCAGCAACUUCAGGAAGACCAAGCUGCCAUCACAAAACAGCAGAGCCUCAUCCACAAAGAGACUAAGUGUCAACUCCAAGCCUCGCUUCUCAAGGAGGAUUGGAAGCAAAAUCCUCUCAAAUACAUUCCCAUUCCUGACCAUCCAGUCCCAUACAAUAUACAUGACAUCCUCAUUUCUGAUUUUGCCUUCAAAAGGGUCAUUGAAGGCCAGUAUGUGGAACUUUACUACUGGACUAAUGAGCAUCUCCAAGCAGAUGAAUGA